AUGGCGCUCCUGUGCAUCUCUUCUCUUCAAAUUCACCCGCGAAACGGCGCGCAAUGCCGAGCGGUACAUCGACGGGGCGGUUCCUCCACGAAGCUCGCGAGCGCGCCCACCUCGAAACGCGCGCGCAUCCAGACGCUCUGCCGCGCGGUGGGUAAAAACGGCGACGUCGACGACCAGGCGCGACGAAACAGCGGCCGCGGCGGACGUGGGCAUCAGAGCGGAGGCGAUUUCUCCCUCUCGUCAGGCUCCUCCGGCGACAUCAUCGGCGCCGCCAACUUCAACGCGUUCGUCCCCGCGCCAGGCGCCGGUCGCGCGUCCCCGUCCGCGGCGCCCCCGAGCGCGUCGGGGUCGGGGUCCCACUCGCGCUCGCACGCCUCCCCGGCGCCGCGCGGGGUGUGCUGGAGCAACCUGCAAGACCUGACGUCAGUCCCGGACGACGAGGCGGUGUACAUUCUCGUCUUCGGCGCGGGCACCGGCAGCGAAGGGCUGUACUCGCUGCAGGAGAGGACGAAGGACGACAUCCCCGUGGACAUCAUCCUCGCGUUCACGACGAACGAGGACGCGAGCCGGUACGCGACGCUGCUCGAGGCGGAGAUGGGGCGGAUGCCCGUCGUGGAGGCGGCGCGGCCGAGGGAUCUGAGGUACACGUGCAAGGAGGGCGGGUACCGAUGCAAAGUCGCGAAGAGCGGCGUGCUGUUGAUGCCGCCGGAGAAGACCGUGGAGGUGACGGACUGGGAGCGAACGAACGCGCUGAGGCAAGGGCAGUGGAGCGUUACCGGCGGAGAGGGUGGUGGGCACGAUAUGGCUGGUGAAACGGACGAAAUCGCGCCGUUACAGACGAUGGCGCGUCUGGACGACUACGGCGACCACGACGAGGAGCUCGCGAGAGAGGCGAUCGAAGAUUUCGACGCGGAGACCGCGCGAGAGAUGCUGACGAGGAUGUUCAACAGCAACUCCGAGAGCGACUGGGACACUCCCUCGGAGGCGUGAUCGGCGGAUGCGCGGCGUGGUGGGUGUGGUGAUCUUCAAUUCUUGUUGGGAGGGAGCCAGUCGGCAUUCGGCGUCGGCGACGGAGCCCUCGGCGAAAAAAAUGUAUCAUCGGUUCGGUAUGACGUGUGAGUGUUUGGAUUUCAGAGCGGACGCGCGUCGUCGCCGCCGCGGUCGUCGAUUGGAGUUUGUAUUACGCUUCGACGGCUGCCGCGCGUCGCGCGCGCGUCUCGGUGCACGCGCUGUGAAGGACGCGUGAAGUAAUAUCAUGAUGUUGAUUGAUUUCUGUCUGGC